UUCUAUCACGUUAUUUGGUUACAGAAACUCCUUGCAUUUCCUUAUUUACGAGGCAUUUACAAACAAACCACAGUUCAGACGGCUCAUGUAAUUAAGACAAAAGCGAGGAGAAAGGAAGAUUGAGAGUGUUGAUGCUGCCACGGGGUAUGCUGCUACGAGGUUUAGACCAUUUAUUUCUUUAAUGUCAAUGAAAAUUAACAUUACAAGGACAUCUUAUAUCUGAAAGCAAACCUAUCAGCGUUGAACUUUCGAGUACUUCUCGUCUCGUUUGUAUAGAAACCAAAAAUCUUGUAAAAGGAUCAUAAUGGAGAACAUUGAUCUUGUAGAAAGGCUCAAAUGGCGAGAUUCUCGUGAGAAAGCGUAUGUUCAAGUCAUUGAGCCAUACACAGAGCUAUUUCACACAACGCUGUCUCUCGAUCAAAGAGAACCGAAUGUGAAUGAAAAAGAUUCCUCUAAUGACCAUGAAACGUUUCCUGCCGGUUUAAAUGCACCAGCCAUGUCGCUCCAAGCUAUGGCCGAUGAACUUCGAUCGCUCCAACGUACUUGUGAUUUGUACCAGAGAAACAUGCAAAAGGCACAGUUUACUUGUAAACAGAAACUACAAGAAAACUCGCUUCUGGAAAAGCAACUUUCCUUACAGAAGGAAUUGAACGUUGAAAAGGACAAACGCAUUCAUCUUCUACAGGAUGAGCUAUGGGCGCUUCAACUCGAAGUGGCUUCCCUUGAGCGUAAACCAGCUGGUUCAUGAUGAUUUAUUGAGUAUCCAAGCUUCUCGGGAAAAAUCCUAGGACUUCUGCAUAACCCUCUAUUAGAAUUUUCUUUGACUAUAGGUUUGCGAAGAUUGAGCGUUCUCCAAUGAACCUCUCCAUGCUUCAUGGCUUCUUUUUCUCUUUGCCAAGACUCCUUGUUGACUUUUAUAAAGCAAUUGAUCCUUUUUUUCUAAUUUCGUUCAACUUCUAGGAUUACGCAUUUCAAGGAUAGAUUCGUUAAUCCCUCCAAAGGAAUGGCCUUACUUGAG